CUCACUACUUCAUUUGAUAGUACAAAAUUUGCUUCUUGAGUUUAUUAAUUUUUAGAGCAAGAUGGGAGCACGCCCCUACAACACUUUGUUGCUGGUUUUGUCAAUUCUUUUCUUGAUUACCCUCUCCAAUGUUGUUGAGGGCAGGUACACUAAUCUCCCUCUCAAUGCCUGCAAACCACGAUGCACGUACCGGUGCUCAGCGACGUCGCACAAGAAACCAUGUAUGCUCUACUGCCAGAAGUGCUGCGCCACGUGUCGUUGCGUGCCGCCCGGAGUGUAUGGCCACAAGGAAAUAUGCCCUUGCUACAACAACUGGAAGACCAAAGAGGGGCGCCCAAAAUGCCCUUAAUUUCAAAAUCACUAAUUAGAAAUGCCAUUUGCCUUUUCUAUUCAAUAAUUCAACUCCCUUAAUUAUAUAUUGGGUUGCUUAGAAUGUAACUCUGAGGGAUUUACUAUUUAUGAGCGUAGAUUAGUAUAUCCCCGAUUUGUGUUCUACUUUAAUUAGUACUAAUUGUGUUGCACCCAGUAUUUUCGGUCCUGGGAUUGCCUACUCCACCAAAUUGUACUUGUUUUUCAAUUAUAUUUAAAUGUUUUUUGGCA